AAAAGAACGAACUGGAAUCGCUGGACUGUCCAGUCUUGGUUUCGAACAGCGUUUGUCACAAUAUGCUAAUCGUUCGCUAUCUAAUUGCCCUGGUCUUCUCCAUCUUCAUGAUGGCCACCUCGCUGAAGAUCGAAGAGCGCCACCGCAGAGGCAAUGGCUUCAAGAUCUCCACACCGGACCGACUCGUUCUCCAAAUGAAAGAGCGCCAAGCCAUUGGGCAGUACCAGUCCAAGAACAUGGAGACGAGACGCCUGAAUAUCUGAAGAUAAAGCGGGACAGAUAAAUGUGAUUAGGAUGUCAAGAUCCAACGAGGAUCGUUAAUUAUAAUUAUACGCGAUUGAAUGGAGUGAUAACAGAGCAGAGUUCUUCAAGAUCUAAAGGAUAUUCGGCCUAAGAGGCAACACCAAAUCCUUGAAACAAUCUCACAGAAACUAGAUAGAUUUAUACAAAAAGCUAGAUAUAAGAAUCAAAUACUGAAAUAAUUCUUACAUACAGAUUGAAUAAAUUCCAAAAUUCAACUUUUU